AUGGAGUCUGUAAAACAAAGGAUUUUGGCCCCAGGAAAAGAAGGGCUAAAGAAUUUCGCUGGAAAAUCCCUUGGCCAGAUCUACAGGGUGCUGGAGAAGAAGCAGGAGACCGGCGAGACCAUCGAGCUGACGGAGGAUGGAAAGCCUCUGGAAGUGCCCGAGAAGAAGGCGCCGCUAUGCGACUGCACGUGCUUCGGCCUUCCGCGCCGCUACAUCAUCGCCAUCAUGAGCGGCCUGGGCUUCUGCAUCUCCUUCGGCAUACGCUGCAACCUGGGCGUGGCCAUCGUGGACAUGGUCAACAACAGCACCAUCCACCGCGGGGGCAAGGUCAUCAAGGAGAAAGCCAAAUUCAACUGGGACCCGGAAACCGUGGGGAUGAUACACGGUUCCUUCUUUUGGGGCUACAUCAUCACGCAGAUUCCUGGAGGUUACAUCGCAUCUCGGUUGGCAGCCAACAGGGUUUUUGGAGCUGCCAUACUUCUUACCUCUACCCUAAAUAUGCUAAUUCCAUCAGCAGCCAGAGUGCAUUAUGGAUGUGUCAUCUUUGUGAGAAUAUUGCAAGGACUUGUUGAGGGUGUCACCUACCCGGCGUGUCAUGGGAUAUGGAGCAAAUGGGCCCCUCCUCUGGAGAGGAGUAGAUUGGCAACCACCUCCUUUUGUGGUUCCUAUGCUGGCGCUGUGAUUGCAAUGCCUUUAGCUGGCAUUCUUGUACAGUACACCGGCUGGUCUUCAGUAUUUUAUGUCUAUGGAAGCUUUGGAAUGGUCUGGUACAUGUUUUGGCUUUUGGUGUCUUAUGAGAGCCCUGCAAAGCAUCCUACUAUUACAGAUGAAGAACGUAGGUACAUAGAAGAAAGCAUUGGAGAGAGUGCAAAUCUUUUAGGUGCAAUGGAAAAAUUCAAGACUCCAUGGCGCAAGUUUUUUACAUCUAUGCCAGUCUAUGCAAUAAUUGUUGCAAAUUUCUGCAGAAGCUGGACUUUUUACCUAUUGCUUAUUAGUCAGCCAGCAUAUUUUGAGGAAGUCUUUGGAUUUGAAAUCAGCAAGGUUGGUAUGCUGUCUGCUGUGCCACACUUGGUAAUGACAAUUAUUGUGCCUAUUGGAGGGCAAAUUGCAGAUUUUUUGAGAAGCAAGCAAAUUCUUUCAACUACUAUGGUGAGAAAGAUCAUGAAUUGUGGUGGUUUUGGCAUGGAAGCCACAUUGCUUCUAGUUGUUGGCUAUUCUCAUACCAGAGGUGUAGCAAUCUCCUUCUUGGUACUUGCAGUUGGAUUCAGUGGAUUUGCUAUAUCUGGUUUCAAUGUUAACCACUUGGAUAUUGCUCCAAGAUAUGCGAGCAUCUUAAUGGGCAUUUCGAAUGGGGUUGGCACAUUGUCAGGAAUGGUUUGCCCUAUUAUUGUUGGUGCAAUGACCAAGAAUAAGUCACGUGAAGAGUGGCAGUAUGUCUUCCUGAUUGCUGCCCUCGUUCAUUAUGGUGGAGUUAUAUUUUAUGCAAUAUUUGCGUCAGGAGAGAAACAACCCUGGGCAGACCCUGAGGAAACAAGUGAAGAAAAAUGUGGAUUUAUCCAUGAAGAUGAACUUGAUGAAGAAACAGGGGACAUUACUCAAAAUUAUAUAAAUUAUGGUACCACCAAGUCUUAUGGGGCCACAACACAGGCCAAUGGAGGUUGGCCCAAUGGUUGGGAAAAGAAAGAGGAAUUUGUACAAGAAGGGGUACAAGACUCAUAUACCUAUAAGGACCGAGAUGAGUAUUCAUAA